AUGGCCAGGAACAAAGUAGACUACGGCGUCUACCUGGUGACGGACUCGACGCCCGCCAUCCUCGGCAACAAAGACCUCACCAGCGUCGUCGAAGCGGCUCUGCAGGGCGGCGUGACGAUUGUGCAGUACCGCGACAAGCUGAGCGACCGGGAGACGGCGGUGAAGACGGCGAGGGCGCUGCACGAGGUGACGAAGCGGUUUGGCGUGCCGCUGCUGGUGAAUGACCGGGUGGACGUUGCGGUUGAGGUUGGAUGCGAGGGAGUGCAUAUUGGACAGGAUGACAUGGCAUACGAAGAAGCUCGAAAACUGCUGGGCCCCGACAAAAUCAUCGGCGUCACAGCCAGCUCCAUUGAGGAAGCCCUCAAGGCCUGUGAAGCCGGCGCCAAUUAUCUCGGCCUGGGCACCGUCUACGCCACUUCAACCAAAAAAGACACAAAAUCCAUCAUCGGCCCCUCCGGCAUCCGCUCCAUCCUGCUCGCCCUCUCCUCCGCCGGCCACUCCAUCCCCACCGUCUGCAUCGGCGGCAUCAACGGCUCCAACGCCACCUCCGUGCUGGCCGAGUCCAGCGCCGCCCCUGCAAAGAGCCUCGAUGGCAUCGCCGUCGUCAGCGCCAUCAUUGCCGCCGCGGAUCCUGCGGCCGCGGCCCGGGAUUUACUUGGAAAGGUCGUGGCCGGCCGGGUUCCGGAUGUCGUCAAGGCUGUGGCCGCUUCGACGCCGUUGUCUCAUAACAUGACCAACCUGGUCGUACAAAACUUUGCCGCCAACGUCGCUCUCGCUGUUGGCGGAAGCCCCAUCAUGGCCAACUACGCCGAAGAGGCCGCUGAUCUGGCCAAGCUGGGAGGCGCCCUCGUCAUCAACAUGGGCACCGUGACGCCUGAAGGCCUCAAGAACCAUAUCCAGGCACUGCAGGCAUACAACGCCGUCGGAGGACCCGUCGUGCUCGAUCCCGUUGGCGCCGGAGCAACCUCCAUCCGCCGCAACGCCGUCAAAACGCUCCUCUCCUCGGGCAAAUUCACCGUCAUCAAGGGCAACGAAGGCGAGAUCCAGACCGUCUACGGCGCCUCCGUCACCCAGCGCGGCGUCGACUCCGCCUCAUCCCUGACCAUCCCACAGCGUGCCUCCCUCGCCAAGUCCGUCGCCCGCAGCACCGGCGCCGUUGUCGUGCUGACCGGCACAACGGACGUCGUCAGCGACGGAGUGAGGACGCUGCGCGUGGACAAUGGGCACGAGUUUUUGGGCCGAGUUACGGGCACGGGAUGCACGCUUGGGACGACCAUCAGCGCCAUGGAGGCCGCGUUUCGCAGUGAUCCGUUGAUUGCGGCUGUGGCGGGCAUGGUCUUGUUUGAGAUUGCGGCGGAGAGGGCGGCUGUGAGGGACGAUGUACGAGGGCCGGGAACGUUUGUGCCGGCUUUUAUCGAUGAGCUGAGCGCAGUUCGGACAGAGACGGCAAACGGGGACGUUUCAUGGCUCGCGAGGGCCAAGAUUGAGGCUCUGGCUGUAGAGUGA